AUGGGUAACAGAGGAACAAGACGCUUCGGGGGAACAAUUAGUUGCCCAAGCGCUCGAAAGAUUCGAACUCAUGACAAACAUGCGCGUAUUACCAGAAUUUCAUCACUAAGCUCUACUCCAGUUGGAAACCUAGAAAGAAUUGCACCGCCUCGACCGACUGGGAAGUCCUUGAUCGAUCUUUGCAUUGCGAGAUUACCCUACUUGUUUCAAUCAACUGAAAACAUCACUGAUCAUGAAGUCUUGGAAUUGCCUCACAUCAAACCUUUGAUCUGGGAGUACUGUCUUGAAAAUGCCCACAAGCUUUCAAUCUGCCCUGCGCUACUUGCCCAGGCAUUCAAAGGACAGACUCAUAUAAGUUUUGCGCAGUUCAGCAAAUUGGCACCCGCCGCCGUGAGGCAUGUACUGCGAUUAUGUCCAAAAGCCCUCAGUAUCAACUUGUCAGGGACAGCUGCAAUGGCCGACGACGAGAUUGAAGAAACACUGGCUGCAAUUGACCAUAGUCUCGACGCACUGUACCUACUUACUCCUCCACACGAAAUUGUUGGAACAAUGCCAAAAGAGGUCAUGCGUGCGCUGCGCAACUGGACUCAUAGAUGCUCCAAAGUGUUGAUAUCUUCUGUGUUAGCAGAGGGCUCGAGGGGGCCAAUACCCAUAAGCCUUCUCAGCCCAGGAACUUGGGGGUCGCCAACAGUGGGUUCCGACAAAUUUUACGAGGUCCAUUCGAUACCAGUGGAAGCAUCCUUUGCCGUAUACAACCAUGAGCCUAAAGAAUCAAUCUAUAGCAAUCCAGGAUACCACAUGUGUAACCUGACGCCUGACGCUUGGACAGCUGUUGUCUUGCGGGAUGUGGUUCAUCAGGAUCCUCCGCCUCAAGAUAAGUUAGGCAGACCUAAUUUCACUGAUCGGUUCAGGAUUCUGUUACUUCGACCCAGACAAGUGAUCAUAGUUGGAGAGAGUCAAUCCAUCUCAGUUGUCUCGUUCCGUAUCAGGACUUAUAGCUCGUCUUCGAAUCCGGGUCCAUCUGAGGCAGCUCAGGUGCUGACAUGCGAUCAACGUCGAACUGUGAUACAGUUCCAGAACGCGCCUCAGGAUGUGGCCGAUGCUAUAUCUGCAGUGCAAAUGGUCUUGAAUGCAGCAGCUGCUGUACGCAAUGUUCGUGAGAGGAUCGAGCGAACAUGUCUAAACGCCCAGUCAUGA